AUGAGGAGGGGUCGCAAUUUAAUAAAGGAAACAUCAGCUCCAUCAGUAUGCGCUUUUUGUUGGCAUCGACUUGGAGGAAUUGGCCCUACUUCACAUACACAGCGUCGAUUUUUACAGUCCUCUGAUUCGAGAUCAAAACCACCCGCCGAAGGUACUGCGGUGCGAGAAUCUGAAGAGUAUGAAUCAGCUCCACUUGCGCAGCCCAAGGCACCUGUCACACCAUGGCGUCCUGGACCUGGAAUGGGAAGUGGCUUCAGUAAGCCGGCCUUUGGAGGCUCUAAAAUUCCAGGAGUAGGACCUUCUGCUAGCUUCGGUCGUCCAGCUGCUGGAAUUCCUAUGAAGUCAAGAAUACCAGACCCUCCCAAACCAGAGCGACCUGCACAGCCUUCUGCCGAAGAAGAGUUCCAUGUAAGUCAACAACGAAAAGUCGAGAUACAUUCAGGGCCGGGACCAGAGACGAAUAGAGCCUUUAGACCCAUACCACGUUCACAAGAGGAGAAAAUUGAGAUAGCUAAGGCCGCUGCGAAAAGGAAGGAGGCUAUGGAUAUACAUGCGACGAAUAAGCAGCACACUGUACAGGAUGCGCCUUUGCGAUUUUUUGAGAAAGACGACUCUCGUAUUCGUAGUCAGACUUCCAGUCAAAUAAUCAAUGACUCAACCGAAACUCCUACUCAACCUGAAAGCAUUGAAGAAAGCUCCGAAGAUGCAUCCACAUGGACUCAAUUGAGAAAGAAGAUAGAAGAGAAUCGACCGCCGCCACCAGUUAAACCACCACAAGAUCCUAUCACUGAGGCUCAAACCAGAAGAGAACAGGAAGCUAGUUCGGGGACUUAUACGCCGCUGAGAAGUAGACUUCCAUCAGAAAGAGGUCGCUUUACAGAAGUUCCAAGAGCGGACAUGUGGAGUAGGCCAAAUAGUUAUAAUAAAAGUAAUAACAUGGCCAAAACCCCACAAACGAGUCCCAUGAAUGAUUAUCAACCCCCGCAAAACAAUGGUUAUAACAGAUCCAUAUUCAACUCACAUCCUGCCACAGAUUCUCAACCCGUACGUCCAGCUCAAUCAGCACAAUCAGCUCGCAGUAUGUUGAAACCUCUUGGAUCUUUUGGACCUUCACUUGGCUCAGGUUUUGGUAAGGCUGGUGGAAGUAGUUUCAAGAUUCCCGGUUUGACAAGCCCAAGCCCAUUGGUUGAGUCAGUGAGACCUCAGGAAGUUGAAGAUGCGGUUGAGAAGCCUGCCGAAAAACAGGUUGCUUAUAGUCCACUAGCGACAGAGCCGGAGGAGUCGAAUGUGCGUGGAAAAGUCAUCAACGAAUUUUCAUCUCCAGCGGAAUUAGAAACGAGGCACAGAAGAUUAUCGGGACGUUGGGGAGUUGACGAAGAUGCCGGGAACAAUCCAAACCACAGAGAUCACUCGUUGCCAAGAAAUGCCCAUAGUAAGCAAGCCAAAAAGGCAGCUAGGAGACAGCGAGAAAUAAAAACGGACCAAGACGAAGAUGAAGCGAGUGAGUUAGCUGCUGAGCGAGCAGAACUCAAAAGGCAAAGAAAGCGUGAAAAGGCAGAAAAGAAAGCAGCUGCACCAAUCCCUAUGAUUUUGCCAGAGUUCAUUAGCGUCUCGAAUUUAGCCGUCGCACUCAGAGUCAAGCUUGAAGAUUUCCUCGACAAAUUGGAAGAAUUAGGUUUCGAAGGUGUUAAUCAUGAUCACAUUUUGAAUGCUGAAAAUGCUGGACUUAUUGCUAUGGAAUACAAUUUCGAGGCCAUCAUUGAAAGAGGUGAGUCUGAAGAUUUGAAAGCUAGACCUCCAGCCGAAGAUCCUUCAAUACUACCUCAAAGAGCUCCGGUUGUUACUAUCAUGGGACACGUCGAUCAUGGUAAAACUACAAUUCUUGAUUAUCUACGAAAAUCUUCCGUUGCGGCAUCAGAACACGGCGGUAUUACACAACAUAUCGGAGCAUUUUCUGUACCUAUGCCUUCAGGGAAAACGAUUACUUUCCUCGAUACUCCUGGUCAUGAAGCUUUCUUGAGUAUGCGCCAAAGAGGUGCUAACGUUACUGAUAUUGUGAUUUUGGUUGUUGCAGCAGAUGAUAGUGUUAAACCACAAACGAUUGAAGCUAUCAAUCAUGCCAAAGCAGCAAAGGUACCAAUCAUUGUCGCAAUCAACAAAAUCGAUAAGCCUGAAAUUGAUAUUGAGCGAGUGAAACAAGAUCUUGCUCGUCAUGGUGUCGAUGUCGAAGAUUUUGGUGGUGACACUCAAGUCGUAUGUGUAAGUGGCAAGACUGGAAGAGGAAUGGAUGAUUUGGAAGAAGCCGCUGUUACUUUAUCCGAAAUUCUUGAUAUGCGUGCCGAAAGAGAUGGUCCAGCAGAAGGUUAUGUCAUCGAAGCAAGUAUCAAGUCUAUGGGUAAGGUUGCUACAAUCUUGGUUAGAAGAGGUACCAUGCGACCGGGAGAUUUUAUCGUCGCUGGUAAAACUUGGGCUAGAAUUAGAUGUCUACGCAAUGAAGCCGGUAUGGAGAUUGAAGAAGCCGGUCCAGGUACACCAGUGGAAAUCGAUGGAUGGAGAGAACAACCAUCUGCUGGAGAUGAAGUUCUUCAAGCACCUGAUGAAGCAAAGGCCAAGAGUGUUAUCGAAUUCAGACUUGAGAAAGAGGAAAGGGAUAAAUUGGCCGCGGAUAUGGAAGCUAUCAAUGAGAACCGCAAAAUUGAACACGAUAAACGCGAACGUGAAAAGGCAGAGAAGGAAUCUGCUCUUCUUGGCGAAGAAGUCGAGAAAGAUGAUUCUUCUACUCCUAACAAAGAUCCUACCGGUCCUAAACCUGUCUACUUUGUCAUCAAAGGAGACGUGAGUGGAUCCGUCGAAGCAGUAGUCGAUCAAUUGAACGCAACUGGUACUAAAGAAGUAGAACCUAUCGUUCUUCGAUCUGGAGUCGGUAAACUCAGUGAAUCUGAUAUCGAACAUGCUGCCACUGCAAAAGGUUACGUUAUUAACUUCAACACUGAAGUUGAACCGAACAUUGCCCAAUUUGCUGCGCACAACAAGGUUAAGAUCUUGGACCAUAACAUCAUCUAUAGAUUGAUGGAUGAUGUAAGAGCUGAGAUGUCGAAAUUCUUACCACCGUUGGUUACACAAAGAGUAUUGGGUGAAGCUGUUGUGGCACAAAUCUUCGAUAUCAAUAUCAAAGGAAGGAAAUAUAGGAGUGUAGCAGGUUGUAAGGUUCGUAAUGGUACCGUGUCUAAGGAUGAUAGAUAUAGGGUACUGAGAGAUGGGGAGAAGGUGUUUGAUGGCAAACUCGAAUCGCUCAAGAACGUAAAGAAAGACGUUUCGGAAAUGAAAAAGGGUGGUGAAUGUGGUAUGGGAUUUUCAGGAUGGACAGACUUCCAAAUCGGAGAUCAAAUACAGGCAUAUGAGGAGAAGCAGGAGAAGAGAUAUUUGUAA